GGACUCAGAAUUGAAAUUAUUGUUUUCCUGUAAUCCGAAACGGCGCACUGUUUUUUAAGUUUACAGCGAAGAGAAAAAAAAGAGCCAACAAAUUUGUAUCUCCGUCGUCUCUCCGAUGCAGCUCAGCUCCGUUAUCGACGACAAGCCCGUCGCCUCCACUUGGCUUGACCGUCUCCGCUUAAGCAGAGGACUCUCCACCACCGACGAUGACGAUGCUUCUGGUAAUCCUCUUAGUCUCGACGACUUCCUCCGCCGCAACUACCAUAACGAAAUCACCGGAGAUCCCGCCUCCGAUUCUCCUCCGUCUGCUCCGAUUCUUUCGGCUCUCGAGUUACCGGAGAUUCCAUUGGACCCAAAUCCCGGCGAAGAAUGGUACGGCGUGAUGAGCGAUGUUCUCUCCGAGCUAUUCAAUUUUGGCGGCUCCUCUCGGUCUUCCACGAUUCCCGGUAAGAAGCUCCCGAGGAAACAAUCAAACCCUAGGCAUUGCUCCGUUGAGACUCUUGCCGACGUUCCGUUGCUAAAUCAGAAACGCGAUUCGAAUUGUCUCCCCGGGGCUCGCGAAUUCGCCACGUCGUCGCGAAGUUCGUACAAUAAGAAACCGGCGCCCGAGAAGAGGGAGAGGAGAAGAAGCGUAGCGGAAGCCGACGGCGUGGAGGAGGAAGAGAGAGGAGAGAAGGAUCUGGUUGGGUUUUCGAGGAGCGAAGUGACGGUGAUCGACACUAGCUUCAAGAUCUGGAAAUCUGAGAAACUGGUCUUCCGUAGAAGAAACGUGUGGAAAGUGAGGGACAAGAGGGGUAAAUCGCGUGUUGUCUCUUCGAAGAAGAAGACGAUGAAGAAGUUGAAGAAGAAGAAGAAGAAAAAGAAGAGAAAAUGCGACGUUGACGAUGGUGAAAACUCUGGGAAAUGCAAAAAGAUGAAGAUUUCAGGAUCAGUUCCGGACAAUAAUCCACGAUACCAAAUCGAAGAGGUUCAUAAUGAUCCAGAAAGUAGCAAUGCCAACCGAAUACUCUUGAGGAGAUUGCCCUCUAAAGCAAGGAAAGAAGGCUCUUUCGCAAGCAAGAAGAACAGUGAACCAGAGGCUCGUGGCCAUAGGUCCUUGGCCUGAUAGAUUCACUAAACAAAACUAAGUUUUUGCGUUCAUGUAUAUGAUGAUACUGUUGUAUGAUUAUUAUGUUACAUUCUUCUUUGUGAAAAUGUAUUGCUUUCAUCU